AUUCUCAAAGUUCCUGACACCCCAGUGGAAGUCCUUGUGGAUCUCUUAACAAAAGCUAAUGAGAUAGCCAAAACAAGUGAUAAUGUGCCAGAAGGGUUGACUCGUCACUUGCAGAAGGCCUUGGACAUAGCAAGUGGCCUGGAUGACUACCUGGAAAAAAUGACCACACAGGAGAGUAAACCUCUGGCAGAACUCUAUGAGAAAACAAUUUCCCAUGACUGGGAACAAGUGCACAAGGAGGGCAAAACCAUAUUCAAGCUUCCCAAAGAGUGCAUCACUGGACAUGUUGAAGGCCAGACCCUCAAGAUGCUGAUUCACAUGAGUCAAGCUAAGAGGGUUCUGGAGAUUGGGAUGUUCACAGGCUAUGGUGCACUGUCAAUGGCCGAAGGUCUUCCUGAAGAUGGCUGCUUAGUUGCCUGUGAGUUAGAGCCGUACCUCAAAGACUUUGCCCAGCCAAUUUUUGACAAGUCUCCACACGGAAGAAAGAUUAAUGUCCAUACUGGACCUGCCAUGGACACCUUAAAGGAAUUGGCUGCUGCAGGGGAGCAGUUUGACAUGGUGUUCAUCGACGCGGACAAGAAUAAUUAUAUUAACUAUUACAACUUUAUUUUGGACAACAACCUGCUGAGAUUGGGAGGGAUCAUAUGUGUUGAUAACUCACUGUUCAAAGCUAAAGUUUAUCUAAAAGACUCCACAGAUGACAAUGCACUGGCUCUUAGAGAAUUUAACCAGUUUGUCUGUGAUGAUCCCCGCGUGGAGCAGGUCAUAAUCCCUCUAAGAGAUGGGAUCAGUUUGAUCCGUCGGGUAUCUGCUGUUUUGGAAAGCUCAGUGACCCAGAGUAAAAUAACAGAUGACGAAGUUUUCCGCGGGGUCAAAGGACGCUCCAUCCUCGAUCGAAUGCGACUUGAUGGAAAGGUGGCCUAUGUAACGGGUGCUGGCCAGGGCAUAGGCCGGGCUUUUGCUCAUGCCCUGGGUGAGGCUGGUGCAAAGGUGGCCAUUAUAGACGCUGACAAAGAUAAAGCUGAGGCAGUUACUAAAGAGCUUUUUCUGAAAGGCAUCAAUGCCAUUUCCAUCACAGCUGACAUUAGCAAACCAGUUGAUGUCCAGAGAAUGGUUGAUAACAUUGUCUCCAGAUGGGGGGCCAUUCACAUUGGCUGUAACAAUGCAGGAAUUAAUUUGAACUCAGCCAGUGAAGACACCAGUCUAGAGGAGUGGGACCAAACCUUUAAUGUUAACCUGAGGGGUACUUUCAUGUGUUGUCAGGCAGCAGGCCGAGUGAUGUUGAAGCAAGGUUAUGGUAAGAUAAUCAACACAGCCUCCAUGGCCAGUCUGAUAGUCCCACAUCCCCAGAAGCAGCUCUCCUACAAUACGUCAAAGGCUGGAGUGGUCAAACUGACUCAGACUCUAGGCACUGAAUGGAUUGAAAGAGGAGUGUGUGUCAACUGCAUUUCACCGGGGAUUGUUGACACCCCUCUCAUCCACUCAGAGAGUUUGAGGCCGCUUGUGCAGCGCUGGCUGUCAGAUAUCCCCGCUGGUAGACUGGCUCAAGUGACAGACCUGCAAGCUGCAGUGGUCUUCUUGGCAUCUGAUGCCUCUGACUACAUGACAGGGCAUAACUUAGUCAUAGAGGGUGGGCAAAGUCUCUGGUAGAUGGGGUAGAUGAAGAGAUGAAAACUUUUAUCCCCUCUUUACUCUCUUAGCAUAAGUCUCUCUUAUAUCUUAGGUUUGAUGUAUAUAAUCUCCUCAAGACACGUUAAACACAGUAUUAAUUAAAGUGGUAAUAUUUAGGUAUGUUAACGUUUGUUUCAUUGUUUGAUAAGAAAUCUGUAAGCUUUCAUUUCUGUGUUGGGUAUGUAGGUUCAGUUUGUUGUGCGCUAUGGCUGGAAAAAUGAUGCCAGUUCUUAUCAAACAGUGGAAAUGUCAUAUGUCAUAAAUAACUCAUUUUCUUAAAGAAAGUGGAGAAAAAAUGUGAACUGAAAAACACAGUUUGUUUUUCUUAAAGCAACCCCUGAUUAUUUUCUCUCUGUUAUUGCUGCAUGUUCUCUAUGCUUUACUUCAUCCUAAAACAAUUAAGAUAAUUGUGGCUUUUAGCAUUGUCUUACAGUAAGACACAAUCUCUCUUAAUUCAUUUUCCAUAUAUAUAAAAAAAAAAAAGAGCUUUAGUUUUUGUUCUUUGCUGGAAAACAACAGGGGUGACAUUUUCGUAUUGAGAAAAAUAAAAGGACAUCUGCUUUUCUUGAGCAUGCAAAACACAUGAAUAGAUCAUACAAUAACUAAAUAAACUGGCACAACUGUGCUUGUUUAUCACACUCUGUACACUGUAUUUUAGGGUUAAAAUAAAUAAUAAGCAUUAUAUAUUUUUUACAGACUACAUGGAAAGUACAACAUACUGGUCCAUUCAAACCACAAAAGGGUAAAAGUGAGAUGUAUUGUGCACUGUCUGCACCUUGACUUACCACUCCCUCUGGUCCAAGACUCUUGUGUACCAUAUGCAGGAUUACAGCAUUCCAGUCUGCCUCUUUCCAGCACUUUCUUGCCAAAUGGCCCCCACAAGUGGUGCUUGUGAGUGCCUUCUUAAUUGCUCCAUUAACUGUUUGUGUGCUGAAAAACAAUACUUAAAGGAGAGGUUAGCCGAGGACGUGACCCCAGCUGCUGCAAUUAUAUGAAAAGUAGUGGCCAAUUAGCUCACUCUGUAAUGUGACACUGUUGGUGUUUAUGUGAGCAACUUCAACUUCUCACUGUUAGUGACUGUUCUCUGAUUUACAUAAUUGGGGGAUUGGUCAUUAAUGGGAAUGGCGUGUGAGAGGAUCCCAUUAAGAUAUGGAGUGAGAUCUGAUCAUCUCCAUUGCUCUCUGCUAUUUAUCUACAGCUGCAAUGGAACAUUAGAAGUUAUUGGGAUUCUUAUCCUCAUAUUUUAUGGUAAAAUAUAAAAGUUUUCCAGUGUGUGAGCACAAGGUCUAGGAGAAUUUGUUCACAUAAGAGGCACAUUUUCUCUUGGCGGCCAUUUCCUGUCUUGCCACUGAGGGGCAGUAUAGAGACAAGCAGCUGCAGCACUGACACAAGGACAAAAAGUUGCAACAAGAGCAUAUCACAUUAUUUUCCAUCAUCCUAAGUAAUAACAAUGAACUUUGGCAUACGUGUAUUUAACAGAAUGAGAACAACAAUCUGAUUCAAGUAUGCAAAAAGCUCAACCUGAUAGUCAAAGAAAUGCAUUAUAAAGACAUUUACAAUUAAAUGUUUUGUUUAGUGGACAGUUGAUUUUUUCUUUUUGAGAUAUUUUUAUUAGUUUUAACUUAAAAGAUGGACAGCAGAAUUUAAAAUAUAUCCUUUACAGUGUUCAAAGAUAGUGACAUGCAAAUAUUAGGUCUUAGUUGAUGAAGAGCAAUACCCAUUUGCAUUUAUGGAUCGUUGUCAUCGCUGUUAUUUUUUUUCAUCUCCAGGUCAACCAAAAGUGGUGCAAUGACAUUUUGUCUGUUUACAUCAAAGCUUUUUUACCCUCUGUCCUCUCUCAAGCCAUUCAAUA